CCCAAAUGUUCCAUAUUCAGGGCGCGAUCGUCCAGGGCGCUCUGUCUAUUGGGUGCUUCGAGAAUCAAUUCCCAUAGCUACACGCAACUAUCUGCCAAGGAUAGAGAAGGAGGGGUUGCCAUACGGCCCAACACUGAACAGAGUUCUCGAGGAACAUCAGAAUGCGUUUGUAUAGAUAGAUAUAAAGGCCUUGUGGAAGAGCUGUAGCAUCCAGGUCUCUUGGCCGAACCACUCCCUUCUACCUCGCGUCCUCGCAUCCUCCGAACGUUUGUCAACAUGCUCAUUGUCUCACUCUUAACCGGCGCGCUCUUCGCCACCGCCGUAUUCGCUCGCCCCAAGGGCACUGACCUGGCUGGCCGGAUUGCGCGUCGUCGCGAAGGCUCACACUUCUCGCAUCCCAUUGCUCCGGUCAUAGCUGGCGAAAACAGACCGAGUACAGAUACGCGCAAUGUUCUGUACAGCUCCAACUGGGCUGGUGCUGCAUACGAAGAAUCCGAUGGCUAUUUCACGGCGGUCACCGGCACCUUCACUGUCCCGACGCCUAGCGCUCCCAGUGGCGGCAGUGGCGGCUCGUACUCUGCAUCUGCAUGGGUCGGCAUUGAUGGCUACACGUGCGAUAACGCCAUCCUGCAGACCGGCGUCGACUUCACCAUUGACAAUGGAGAGACGUCGUACGAUGCCUGGUAUGAGUGGUACCCUGAUUACGCAUACGACUUCUCGGGCAUCACCAUCUCCGCGGGCGACUCGAUCCGCGUGACCGUAACGGCGAGCAGCACGACGUCGGGCACGGCGGUCGUCGAGAACCUGUCGACGGGGCAGACGGUGACUGAGGACCUGACUUCAUCGUACGCGCUGUGCGAGGAGAACGCGGAAUGGAUCGUCGAGGACUAUGAGGAGAACGGCUCGCUCGUGCCCUUCGCGGACUUUGGCACUGUCACAUUUACGAGCGCGACUGCGACAACGUCCAGCGGAGGGUCGGUCGACCCGGCAGAUGCGUCGAUCAUCGAUAUCGAGCAGAACAAUCAAGUGUUGACUUCCGUGACGGUGAGCUCCUCGGAGGUCGUAGUGACCUACGAGUGAGAGAAGUGGGGAGAUAUUCGGACAGGGUCGGCUUGUUUUCUUCGUGUCCAUGAGGACAUUGUCAGGCUCCAUGCGCCUUUAUUGAAUGAUGAAGCUGUCGAGGUUAAUACUUAGAUAUACCCUGCUGGCGACUUGAUUGUUCCUAGCUCUUUAAGACAUCUAUCUGUCUGAUGGCGCAGAUGCGAUGUCUAAUAUCGCAGAGCGACUGUCCGUGCGUCAUCAUUUGGACUAAGUUCUCUCGGUCCAUUACGAGGAC